CGACCGGGCACCGGCCGGCCGCAAUCCGACGAGAGAAGGAAUUCGAGUCACGAAUCCGGAUAGAGCGCCGCCCCACUCCGCCGCGCCGGCCCCGCUCGCUGCCGCCUCGAGCAGAGAGAGAGAGAGAGAGAGAGAGGCUAGGAGAGAAGGAAGCAUGACGACGAUCCGCCGGUUCUGCUGCGACGACCUCCUCCGCUUCGCCUCCGUCAACCUGGACCACCUCACCGAGACGUUCAACAUGUCGUUCUACAUGACGUACCUGGCGCGCUGGCCCGACUACUUCCACGCCGCCGUCAACCCUGGCGGCCGCGUCAUGGGUUACAUCAUGGGUAAAGUUGAAGGGCAAGGUGAAUCUUGGCAUGGACAUGUCACAGCGGUGUCAGUUGCCUCUGAAUUUCGGAGGCAGAAGUUAGCCAAGAAGCUUAUGAACUUACUGGAGGAAAUCAGCGAUAAGAUGGAUAAGGCCUACUUUGUGGAUCUCUUUGUAAGAGCAUCUAACAUGCCAGCGAUAAGGAUGUACGAAAAGCUUGGUUAUGUGGUUUAUCGAAGGGUGCUCCGGUACUACUCAGGGGAAGAAGAUGGCCUUGAUAUGAGAAAAGCAUUAUCACAAGAUGUUGAGAAGAAGUCCAUCAUACCACUCAAGAGGCCAAUUACGCCUGAUGAACUUGAAUAUGAUUGAUGUUAAAACUUUACUACCUGGUGCUUACGUUGAAAGCUCAGUGUGGAAUUUAACAGGCUUUGAAUAUCUGGUAGUUUCAUUAGUUGUGACUAUUGUUCUCCUUUUCGUACCUGUUAGGGGACAGAGGUUUCCGAGGUGAAUUCUGCAGUUUUUGUAUUUGAGAAUAGCAAGAACUAUGUCUUGGCAUGGAAUCAAAUUUCUUUGUUCUGAGGUCGCACCCAUUUUUA